AUGCUAGAGGAUUGCAGUGGUGCUCAAGCUGGGCCAAGGGUUCUAAAGUACGUGCGCUUCAUCCGGUACACUAGCAAGAUGGCUCCUCAGGCCGAGAAGACCGAGUUUGUUGUUGACGACGAUAUCCGCAAGGCCGGCCUUCUCAGCCGGCGGAAGCCAUCGGCUGCUGGUUCCACUGCAGAAGGCCCGGUGAAGAUGUUCACGAAGGAGGAGGUGGCCAAGCAUGACAGGCCCGAGGACUGCUGGAUGAUCAUCAGGGGCAAGGUGUACGAUGUCACGGCUUGGGUACCCAAGCACCCGGGGGGCAGCCUGAUCUACGUUAAGGCUGGAUAUGAGAACACGCAGCUCUUUGAGUCAUACCACCCGCUUUACGUCAGAAAGAUGCUGGACAAGUUCUACAUUGGCGAUCUUGAGCGGCCUGCCGGUGCAAUUGCCGAGCCACAGUGGGGGUACGUCGAGUACGACGAUGAUGAGUCGGAGAGCAGUUUCUACAACACGAUGAAGCGCAGGGUUGAGGCGCACUUCAAGAGCAAGAAGAUCAACCCCCGCAACCACCCGCUGAUGGUGUUCAAGUCGUUCUUCAUCCUCUUCUCGUAUGCGGCGUCCUUCUACUUCACCUUCCUCUGGUGCAGCAACACGUGGCUGUGCGCGCUUGGCGCGGCGUCGAUGGGGUUCUUCGCAGCACAAUUCGGGAUGUCGAUCCAGCACGAUGCGAACCAUGGGGCCUACACGGAUUGGCUCGGACUCGGGUACUUCAUGAGCCUCACGCUCGAUUGCAUCGGAUUGAGCAGCUUCAUGUGGCGGCAGGAGCACGUGGUCGGGCACCACGCGUACACGAACGUCGACCAGCAGGACCCCGACUUGAGCCCGGGCGUGUCAGGGAAGCAGGCUGACGUCCUCCGCAUGACUGAGAACCAACCGAAGGCAGGCUUCCACGCUUACCAGCACAUCUACAUGGCGUUCCUCUACAGCAUCGUCUUCCUGAAGAGCAUCUUCCUCAACGACUUCCAAGCUCUAAUCGACGGCCAGACUGGCGUCGUACGCAUCGCCCGCAUGACUCCCAUGGAGACGUUCUUCUUCUGGACCACCAAGGCGUUCUACGUGGGGUAUAUGUUCGUGUUGCCUGCGCUCUACAGCCCGCUUUCAGGCUGGAAGAUCGCGCUCCUCUAUGUCUUUUCUCAGGUGUUCAUUGCGUGGAUUCUGAUCAGCGUGUUCCAAGUCGCGCACGUGGUCGAAGAGGUGGAGUACCACAAGCCGACGGAAGCGGCCGGUAGCCUGGGGGGCAAGGUCGAGAAGGACUGGGCGAAAGCGCAGGUCGCGUCCACCGCCGACUUCGCCCCAGGGUCGCUCCUCUGGCUGCACCUCACGGGGGGGCUCAGCUGCCAGAUCGAACACCAUCUCUUUCCCGGAGUGUGCCACGUGUACUACCCGGAGAUUGCGCCAAUCGUACAGCAGACGUGCAAGGAGUUCGACGUGCCAUACAACUGCCACCCCUCGCUGUGGGCGGGUCUGCAGUCGCACUUCCGCCACAUGCGGAAGAUGGGAGUGCAGAACCUCGACAUUCGCUUGGACGGCUAGAGCGGCGAUUGGGCCAAGAUUGGCGCUGGCACGUCAAAGAUCUAAAACGGUUGCAAAAAGUUGAAGUCAAAAGCAAGGUAUCGUGGCUCGCAGCAGACGAGAAGCUCAUUUGGGCUAGCUAGGGGUAUUUCUGCUAGGGGUAUUUCUUUUCGUUGGUGUUGUCGCAUCGCUCGCAAUCAGUAUUGUUGAGUUGAAAAAGACUUCCGAUAUUCAACGCAGGAGCAGCCAAGUAGUUGCUAGUAAAAGUUGACGAAGUAGCCUGUAGGCUUUAAAUUUUCUUAAAUAGCUAUUUAAACAACGUGCUUUUUCUCUUGAGCAUUAGAGGCGGACUUCUUCCGAAGAGACCUCGUUGUUGUUUCCCUGUCCGUUGAAACCCUUCGCUGUAGUCGUCAGACUAAAAACUGUCCUCGUCAUAUUAAAGCGCAGAGAGUCCGACUCGACAAGUAGAGAAUCGUGUCGAUCAGCCUAUCAGGGUUGAGGGACGACAAUAAACGGGUGCAGACAAUACUUGGAAUCCAGACAUUCAUAGACCAGCCUUACAACGAAGCUAACGAUCGUACAUAACCGUCUUAACCACCAUUCUGUUUCCUGACUUACGAGUCACGUUUCAGAAGCCUCUUG